GGGUCACAUCCAUGACAACGAAAAUUUCUCCACCCUUCACUACCUUCUUCACCUUCACCUCCCCCUUCUCCCUCUCUGGCUUCCCUGCUCUGCCUCUCUCACUCUCACUCUCCCUGACGAUGGGCGCCCUCGGAUGGACGUGGCUCCCGCGGAUAUUCGCCGCGCUGUUGCUGAUUUCCGGCGGGGUCUUCGCCGCUGAAAUCCAGACGACGCUCGACGGGCCCUUCGAGCCUGUGACGGUUCCGUUCGACGUGGCCCUCCGCGGCCACGCCGUCGACCUCCCGCCCACGGACCCCCGCGUCGUCAAGAGAGUUGGGGGCCUGGAGCCCGAGCAGAUCUCGAUCUCGCUGUCCUCCGAGGGCGCCAUCUGGAUCACGUGGAUCACCGGUGAUUUCCAGAUCGGGAACCAUGUGAAGCCUUUGGAUCCAGGAAGCGUAAGGAGCAUCGUCCAUUAUGGGACCUUGAAGCGUCCAUUGACUCAUGAGGCCACUGGUUACUCCCUCAUCUACAAUCAACUCUACCCAUUUGAGGGAAUGCAGAACUACACAUCGGGAAUAAUCCAUCAUGUUCGUCUCACUGGGCUGAAACCUGGGACAAAAUACUAUUAUAGGUGUGGCGAUCCUUCUGUAGCUGCGAUGAGCAGUGUCCGAUCCUUCAGAACAAUGCCAGAGCCUGGCCCUUCGAGCUAUCCAGCAAGGAUCGCAAUUGUAGGAGAUCUUGGUCUUACACACAACACGUCAUCCACAAUUGAUCAUAUGAUCAGCAACAACCCCGAUCUUUUUUUGCUGGUUGGGGAUGUCACUUAUGCCAAUCUUUAUCUUACAAACGGGACUGGUGCUGAUUGCUAUUCAUGUGCAUUUCCCGACACACCAAUUCAUGAGACUUACCAACCUCGUUGGGAUUACUGGGGAAGGUUUAUGGAACCAUUGGUUUCAAAAGUUCCAAUGAUGGUCAUUGAAGGAAAUCAUGAGAUCGAGGAACAGGCAGGAAAGAUCACAUUUGAGGCAUAUAGUUCUAGAUUUGCAUUUCCUAGUGAAGAAAGUCUAUCGAAAAGCACCUUCUACUAUUCCUUCAAUGCUGGGGGAAUACACUUCAUCAUGCUUGGUGCAUACACAGAUUUCAAUAGAACAGGGGCUCAGUACAAAUGGUUGGAAGCUGAUUUAAAUAAAGUGGAUAGAUCGGUUACUCCUUGGUUAAUAGCUACCUGGCACCCUCCUUGGUACAGCUCAUACAAGGCUCACUACAGAGAAGCAGAGUGCAUGAGGUUGGAAAUGGAAGAGCUGCUCUACUCCUAUGGGGUUGAUAUAAUCUUCAAUGGCCAUGUUCAUGCUUAUGAAAGAUCAAAUAGAGUCUUCAACUAUUCACUGGAUCCCUGUGGUCCUGUACAUAUCACUGUUGGAGAUGGUGGCAACCGAGAAAAGAUGGCUAUUGUUCAUGCAGAUGAGCCCGGUGAAUGUCCAGAUCCUUUGAGCACACCAGACCCACACCUUAGUGGCUUGUGUGCUCUUAAUUUUACAGCUGGACCUGCUGCAGGACAAUUCUGUUGGGAUCGACAACCAGAUUUUAGUGCAUUCAGGGAUUCCAGCUUUGGCCAUGGAAUUUUAGAGGUGAAGAAUGAGACUUAUGCGCUGUGGACUUGGCACAGAAACCAGGACUUUUAUGACGCUAAAGGAGAUCAGGUUUACAUUGUGAGGCAACCCAGCAAGUGUCCUAUCAAACCCAAUGUAAGGAGACACGACAGCAACCAUCUUAUUUCGAUUCAUGAUUUGGAAAAUUUCUUACUUGAUGUGUAAAUUAUACAGCUCCUGAAUGUGUAACAUGGGAUGGGGCUCUUGCCAAGAAAAAACGAUUCCUACUGAGAGCUGUGUUCAUGCUUCAUGAGAGAGAGACUUAGACCUCUCCAUGUACAUGCAAAAAAUUGAAUAGAAUAGUGAUAAUCGUAGCAGAAGAAAGCUCGUUAUUCGAGGAUUAUUAGUAACCUCGUUGUCAGUAUAGAAGGUUUAUUAGUAAGUGGGUGUGUUAUCAGAGGAAAAAUAACCAGUAGUUGUGUGCUUCCUCCGCUGUAAGCUUGUGGUAUUAAUGUAGCAAUUAUUUCAUGAUAUAUAAACCUUGAACGUGUGCCCAA